AGUACCUCCCUCAGACCGACUAUGUCAACACGACGCAGAAUAGGUGUCAGCACGGCCACCACGGAGGCAGCACGGAGACAGCUCAUGCAACCCGUCCAAUCCUGGGAAAAAGUCUGGACCACCGCAGACAUCACUGCGCCCACCAACAGCAGCAGCACGAUACGCGUGUACAAGUGGGUCAAAUCAUCCAAACCGCAGCACUUCAGCGACGACGAGGGUGAGGCCGACGAGCCGCUUGCGCCCCUACCUGACGAGGGCGAAGCGGACGUGGUCGAGGGAGACGAGGACGAGCAGGAGGACACACCCGUCGUUGUAGCUGCGUUGCCGGAGACGACAGUUGUAGUCGCCCCGCCGGUGGAGGAAGAGCCGCAGUCGAAACCUGCAUCUCCCAAGCCUCAACUCUCGAUGGAGUUGCAGCCGAUGGUCGAAGAGGGCAUAGAAAAUGAUGAUCUCGAGCCGAGUCUGCAGACGAUGGAAGACGCCAUGGGGCAGAUGGACCAGGGAGUCGAUUUGGCCGGGGACAGCAUGUUGGAUAUGUCGGUGCUUGGUCCCGACGGAUUGGGACUGGAAUCAGCCCAUGACCUUACGCAGCUUGAUAGCACAGAUGCCCUUCUUGGCGGCCCAUUACAGAUGGACGAAUCCGAGGACCCAUUCGCAGCGCCAAUGCCUGACUUGUAA